GAAGCAGCAGCUCGUCCAUCACCGGCGUCUCAUUUAGCAGCGGAAGGUCGUCCACAGCUGGACGGACUUUCACAGCAUUUAUACACAAAAUAAAUACACACAGGUCGACAUUGUCGCAGAACUGGUGCUCGAGAGGCAGAGUUAUGUGAGUAUUACUGUAAAAGUAGACUAAGACGAGCAUAUGUGGCGGUCGCCGCGCUGUUAUGAAACGUCGUUAGUGGAGGACUUUACCAGGAGCACCGAGCUAGAGCAGCUGGUGAGGAGCUGACGCUGCCGCCGCUCCGCUUACAUAACCACAACACAACCACCGGGGACCGGGACCUUGAACCGGGAUCAGCUUGUACCAGCCCCCCCCCGGACUGGCCGGUCUCAUGGCCGCCACCGCCGGCGCCCGCAGGUUCCCCGCGGGCGUGCGGACUCUCAGCGACCUGAUCCAGACCGCAGCCGGGCGAUCCCCGGGCCGGGCAGCCGGGACCAGAGGAGCCAUGAGGCAGAGCAUCAGACACCUGUCAUCCUGUGGCAUUUUAAUGACCAGAAGUCCCAAGGUGCUCUGCCUUCAAGAGUCCGACGCAAUGGCACACGUUCCGCAAAGCAGGAACUUCAUCAGCCUCACCAACAAGAGGAAGGAGUACUCGGAGCGUAGAAUACUUGGUUUUUCUAUGCAGGAAAUGUAUGAUGUAGUGGCCAAUGUUGACGAAUACAAGCUCUUCGUGCCUUGGUGUAAGAAGUCCCAGACCGUCAUGAAAAGAGCAGGUCACUCCAAGGCCCAACUGGAAGUAGGAUUCCCUCCUGUGGUGGAGAGAUACACGUCCAUGAUCACUAGUGUUAGGCCUCAUCUUGUCAAAGCAGUGUGUACAGAUGGAAAACUGUUCAACCAUCUUGAAACGAUAUGGCGCUUCAGUCCUGGCAUUCCCGGUUACCCUCGCACCUGCACCGUAGACUUUUCUAUAUCCUUUGAGUUCCGCUCCUUGCUGCACUCCCAGUUAGCCACCAUGUUCUUCGAUGAAGUUGUAAAGCAGAAUGUCGCUGCGUUCGAGCGGCGAGCCUGCAAGCUUUACGGCCCAGAGACCCGAAUCCCACGAGAGCUGAUGUUUCAUGAGGUUCACCAGACGUGAUAUCAACAAUGCAUGCCCUCAUCUGGCCUUAAAUCAAACCACCUUUUCUCCCCAUGAUACACUCAGAUUUGCAUGAUACAACUUAAUCCGCCCCACACAGUGUCUCUGCUGUCACAUCGGCAGUAUUUAGGCUACAGAGGACAUCUAACUAUUGUAAGCAUAAUUUUAGGAUUUCUGCGUAUCUCCCUCCUCCUCAUGUCAGGUCUGUUAACAUCCAGUUUAGUCCUUGUUUAGCCGAAGCCGCCAUUGCACCUGCUGUAUAGCAGUUACAAUCUGUAAUUCUGUAAACAAAGCAGUAAAUCCUUACAACAUCACCUUAAGAGUAUUGGUCUGCUGUUAAUUUAAAGGGACUUUUUAUGAUUUUUUCCAAGACACAGAGGCUGCUCGAGCCAGACCUAAACUCUAGUUUUAUAGUUCACUGUUAACUGAGGAGAACAUGCUUCUUCCCUGACACAUUAGCAUGUUCACUUCAGAACUGGGAUCACCUGAUCAUACUACCUGAUGAAGGCACCUUCUUUGCUUUUAUUGUGACCGUUUUCAAAUAUAUUGUUUGGCAAUGUAGUGCUAUUUCAGCAAAAAACAGUUAAUUUUCUUCUUUUAUGUUUUGAAUGUAUUUAUUCAGCAGUGGAUUCAUGGAAAGUUGCUUUAUUUGGGCUUACUAAAGGUGCCAUAUUUGUGGACAUCAAGCGUGUGGUCACUGACAGUAUUAUGAAGUCAAAGGGAAUGUCAUUUCUUCAUUUGCUUGCUGCAGUCUCAACUGAACCAAGUUUGAGAAAGGUAGUUUUAACUUGGCUGUUUUGCUGUGAGGAUUGUAGUUUGAACACUGAGACCUGCAGUUUUUAAUAAUGCCUUAUUUUACAGCCCAGCUCUACAAAACAUAACUGCAAUUAAACUGCACAAAACAUUAAAAAUCACGGAAAUACUGGAAUGUUAAGCCAGUUUUGAAAAAGAGUACAACAAAGUUGUCUGUUCAUUUUAAGAAAAACUACAACUUUAUUUUGAUUUUAUAUAUGCACAAUUGCAGAUACAUUAAAGAUGGUGUUUUAUAUGAUAACAUUUGAUGCUACUUUGUUGUUAGAUUGUGUGUAGACAAAUGCAGUUUCUUAGUCAGCUGUUAGUCAUGUAUGUUUUCAUUAUAAAAUAUGCAGUUGGGCUGUAGAAUAAAACAUUACUCAUCUCUCUCUCAUAUUUGUGGGUCUCAAGGAAUUUGACCUUUUUAUUUUAAUAUAUUGCACAUGGAAGUACCUAAUAAAGAGGUACAUGGACACAUCUGUGGCAUGACUUCUAAUUUAAAUGAGAUGUGAAUAACUUUCAGUUCAGGUGCAAGAAAGGACUUUCAUUUCAUGGAGCCAACACCUUUGACUGGUAAAUGGAUUUAUUUUUUUUGUCUUUGCACAAAAUUAAAAAAAAUUGCAAGUUCACACUGACUGUGUUGCUAGUUUAUUAUUAUCAUCACACUAAGUCCAAAUCAUAAUCUGAUGUAUAUUUGUAAGUAUUGCUGGUGUAUUUUCAAACUGAAUUUGAAUUAAAGACGUGACCGUG